AUGGCGACGGCGGCGGAGGUUCCCGUGGAGGCGCCGGUGAGGACAGUGAAGGUCACCAAUGUCUCUCUUAGUGCAACUGUGCAAGACAUUAAGGAGUUCUUUUCCUUUUCAGGAGAUAUUGAACAUGUGGAGAUGCAGAGUGGUGAUGAGUGGUCUCAAGUUGCAUAUGUCACUUUCAAAGAUGCACAGGGCGCAGAAACUGCACUUCUUCUUUCGGGUGCCACAAUAGUUGAUCUUUCUGUCAUCAUUGCACCUGCUCCAGAGUAUCAGCCACCCCCUAGUGUCUCUGCGCCACCAAUGAGUGGAACCAGAGUUCCAGUUGGUGGAGACAACACUGUUGUCCACAAGGCUGAGGAUGUUGUGAGCACUAUGCUUGCUAAGGGUUUCGUGCUAGGCAAAGAUGCGGUUGGCAAGGCCAAAGCGUUCGAUGAGAAGCACGGCUUCACAUCCACAGCCGGUGCUAAGGUGGCCUCCAUUGACAAGAAGAUUGGGCUGAGCGAUAAGAUCACCACGGGCACUUCCUUGGUCACGGGGAAGGUGAAGGAGAUGGACCAGAAGUUCCAGGUCUCUGACAAGACCAAGUCUGCAUUCGCCGCCGCCGAGCAGAAGGUGAGCAGCGCCGGGUCCGCCAUCAUGAAGAACAGGUACGUCUUCACCGGUGCCUCAUGGGUCACCGGCGCGUUCAACAAGGUCACCAAGGCUGCCACGGACGUCGGGACGAUGACCAAGGAGAAGAUGGCGGCCGAGGAGCAGCAGAAGGGCUCUGGCCCGUCCUCUGGGGGCCACUCGUACACGCCCAUCCGAUGA